GCCAACCCUCUCCACCCCGGACUCGGGCAGAGGCCCCGGCAGCCCAGCGUCCAUCUGCGCCUCAGGGACAGCAAGGGCGCUCCUGGGGCCCCCGCCGGUCGCGCUCCCCCGGGAUGCGAGUCCCUGCGCCGACGCCCGGCAGAGGCCGGCACGGGCGCGGCUACUCCCCGUGCACAGGGAUGAAGCUGUCCCGGGGGCCCCGGCGACCCGCAGCGGCCAGCCCCGCGGGCCCCUGAGGCCGCCGCCCCGAACCCUCCGCUACUGGGCUCCCAGAGUUGCCUGGGGCGCCCUCCCCAACCGCCAAACCUCCUGUGGUCCUCCUUGACCCGGACCCAUGGAGCCGGCGGUCCUGGCCUCGCACAACCUCCCUCACCACGAGCCAAUCAGCUUUGGCAUCGAUCAGAUUCUGAGCUGCCCGGAACCCCCCGGGAGCGGCCUAGGCCCCGGUCGCUCAGGCCAGGGCCAUGGGGAGAGUGCGGCGUUCUCGGGUGGAUUUCACGGAACCUCAAGCUACGGUCCCGCGGGUUCGCUGGCCCCGCUACCUGGCAGCUCCGGCAUGGGCCCAGGCGGCGUGAUCCGCGUCCCGGCGCAUCGUCCAAUGCCAGUGCCGCCGCCCGCGGGAGGCGCGCCGGCAGUGCCUGGACCCUCUGGCUUGGGCGGAGCCGGGGGCCUAGCGGGACUCACCUUCCCUUGGAUGGACAGCGGCCGCCGCUUUGCCAAGGACCGGCUCACGGCUGCACUCUCGCCCUUCUCCGGGACGCGCCGCAUAGGCCACCCCUACCAAAACCGGACCCCCCCGAAGCGGAAGAAGCCGCGCACGUCCUUCUCCCGCUCGCAGGUGCUGGAGCUGGAGCGGCGCUUCCUGCGCCAGAAGUACUUGGCCUCGGCCGAGAGGGCAGCGCUGGCCAAGGCCCUGCGCAUGACCGACGCCCAGGUCAAGACUUGGUUCCAGAACCGGCGCACCAAGUGGCGGCGCCAGACGGCGGAGGAGCGCGAGGCGGAGCGGCACCGCGCGGGCCGGCUGCUCCUGCACCUGCAGCAGGAUGCCCUACCACGGCCUCUGCGGCCGCCGCUGCCCCCGGACCCGCUCUGCCUGCACAACUCGUCGCUCUUCGCGCUGCAGAACCUGCAGCCUUGGGCCGAGGACAACAAGGUGGCUUCCGUGUCCGGGCUCGCCUCGGUGGUGUGAGCGACGCCUGCCCGACCGGC